AUGGGGUUCGUUUCUACAAGUAAAUAUCGUAAAGUAAAAGAUAAAUGUGAAAAACUCGAGGAGCAGCUAAAAAAAGAAUUGAUUCGACAAAAUGAUGAAUUGAGACAACGAAAUGAUGAAUUGACCGGAAAAAUUGAAGAACUUCAGAAAAAACGUGUAGUCUAA